GUGCGUCGGCUGUUGUUUCGGCAAAACGCACAGCAACGUUACGACGAGGAAGCGUUGCAGGAAAUGCUCAGGGCCAAGAACAAUGCCGUCACCAAUUCUGACUCAAAGUACACAGGCGAGGUGUGCCUGUUGCAGGACAGCCCUUUCAGAAUUAUCAGGGCUGCGGAGAGUGGCAAUGUAGAGGAGUUCUCCAGACUCUUCUUCGCCGACCCCAACAGGAUCAAUGUGCGUGACUCGAAAGGUCGCACGGCAACGCACCAGGCCGCGGCGCGCAACCAGGUGCGCAUCCUGCAGUUCGUCGCCUCCAACCACACAGACCUGAACAUGACGGACAACGGAGGCAAUACGCCUCUGCACGUCGCCGUGGAGAACAUGGCCUUGGACGCCGUCGACUUCCUCCUGGCAAAUGGUGCCGACGCGUCCAUCCUGAACUCGAAGAACCAAGCGCCCAUCCACCUGGCCACGGUGCUAAACCUGGGAAACGUGCUGGAGACCAUGUCGCGCAACAGGGACAAAUUUGACGUGCAGCAAGGCGGCGAACACGGCCGCACGGCGCUUCAUAUCGCAGCCAUCCACGACUUUGAUGAAUGUGCCAGAAUUUUGAUCACUCAAUUUGGAGCAGUUCCGCGCAAGCCAUGCAACAAUGGCUACUAUCCGAUCCACGAAGCGGCCAAAAAUGCGUCGUCCAAAACCAUGGAGGUGUUUCUGCAGUGGGGCGAGGCCAGAGGCUGCUCCAGGGAGGAAAUGAUCUCGUUUUUCGACUCCGAGGGCAACGUUCCUCUCCACUCUGCAGUUCACGGCGGCGAUAUCAAGGCGGUGGAGCUUUGUCUCAGGUCGGGCGCCAAGAUCUCAACGCAGCAGCACGACCUGAGCACGCCCGUGCACCUGGCGUGUGCUCAGGGCGCGACGGAAAUCGUGCGUCUCAUGUUCCAAAUGCAGCCAGCCGAGAAGGGGCAGUGUCUGAGCUCGUGCGAUGUGCAAAAAAUGACGCCGCUGCACUGCGCUGCCAUGUUCGACCACCCUGAGAUCGUCGAAUUUUUAAUCGAAGAGGGAGCGGACAUGAAUGUAGUUGACAAAGAGCGUCGGUCUCCACUGCUGCUGGCGGCUUCGAAGAGUGGCUGGCGCACAGUCAAGACGCUGACCCAGUUCGGCGCCAACAUCCAUCUGAAGGACUCAAGUUUGCGCAACGUUCUCCACCUGAUCGUCAUGAACGGUGGCAACCUUGAGGAGUUCGCCUCGCUUGUUUGCAGGUCGCAGUCCCAGCACCAAUUCGAGCAGUUGCUAAACGAGCGGGACAUGGUGGGCUGCUCGCCGCUGCACUACGCGAGCCGCGAGGGCCAAAUCCGCUCGCUGCAGAACCUGUUGACGUUGGGGGCGUGCGUCAGCAUCAAGAACAACCGAAACGAGAGUCCACUGCACUUUGCUGCCCGCUUCGGACGCUUUAACACCAUCAAGGAACUGCUGGACUCGGACAAAGGCGCCUUCAUCAUCAACGAGAGCGAUGGAGACGGACUCACCCCCUUGCAUAUUGCUUCCCAACAAGGACACACACGAGUGGUGCAACUGCUGCUCGGCAGAGGUGCCCUACUUCACAGAGACCAUUUGGGGCGGACGCCCCUGCACCUCGCGGCUGCUAACGGCUACACGCAGACCAUGGAGCUGCUCCACUCCGUGCACUCGCAUUUACUCGAUCAAGCCGACAAGGACGGAAACACGGCUCUGCAUAUGGCCACCAUGGAGAACAGGCCGAACGCAAUUUCGCUUCUGCUCUCGCUGGGAUGCAAGCUGCUUUACAACAACUCGGAGCUCAGUGCCAUCGAUUACGCAAUUUACUACAAAUUCCCCGAGGCGGCCCUCACGAUGGUCACGCACCCUGAUAGGGCACAAGAGGUCAUGUCCUUGAAGUCGGAUAAACAUCCUUGCGUGAUCCUUGCGUUGAUUGCUUCGAUGCCAAAAGUGUUUGAGGCAGUGCAGGACCGGUGCAUCACGAAGGCGAACUGCAAGAAGGACUCCAAAUCGUUCUAUCUUCGAUAUAGUUUCAGCUGCCUCCAAUGUUCAUACGUGAACGACGAGGAUCAGAAAUCGCGGGAGAUGAUGUCAGGCGCAAAACAGAAUCCUUUGCCCGCGCUCAACGCGAUGGUGGCUCACGGGCGGGUGGAGCUGUUGGCACAUCCGCUGAGCCAGAAGUACCUGCAAAUGAAGUGGAACUCUUACGGCAAGUACUUUCACCUGGCCAACCUGCUGCUCUACACGAUUUUCCUAACUUUCGUGACGAGUUUUGUGACGAAACUCAUGUCUCGGCCCUUCCCAUUUACGCCAGAAGACGGCGAUGAUUCCAACUUUACCCUCCCAUCGUUGGAACCGCAGUCUGAGGGCAGAGGCUUGGACGAGGAGGACACGACAAUGAUUAUUUGCGGCACCUCGAUCCUCGUGUACAUUGCGAUAAACGUGGUGCGCGAGGGAAUGCAAAUCUACCAGCAGCGGCUGCACUACCUGCUCGACCCUUUCAACAUAGUCUCGUGGAUGCUCUACAUUUCCGCGGUGGCGAUGGUCCUGCCCGUUUUCAACAGCGACCUCGAGAGGAUCCAGUAUUCCAGCGCGUCGAUCACGGCUUUCCUCGCCUGGUUCAACCUCCUGCUUUACCUUCAAAGGUUCGAUCAAGUUGGCAUCUACGUCGUGAUGUUCUUGGAAAUUCUGCAGACUCUUAUAAAAGUGUUGUUCGUGUUCUCCAUUCUGAUAAUUGCGUUUGGACUUUCACUCUACAUUUUGCUUUCACGGGGAAAUCACCAAGCUUUCGAAAGCGUGCCGAUGUCGCUGAUGCGGACCUUCGCCAUGAUGCUCGGAGAGAUCGAUUUUCUCAACACCUACGUGCACUCUUACAACCAAAAAGGAGACGGCAACCGCACGCUUCCCUUCCCCACGGUCACCUUCGUCAUCCUCGGCAUCUUCAUGGUGUUCAUGCCCAUCCUGCUGAUGAACCUGCUGAUCGGUUUGGCGGUCGGUGACAUUGAGUCCGUCCGCCGCAACGCCCAGUUGAAACGCCUCGCCAUGCAGGUCAUCCUGCACUCUGAACUGGAACGCAAACUGCCGCAAAUGCUUUUGGAGAAGGUCGACAAGAUCGAAGUGAUUGAAUACCCAAACGACUCUAAAUGCAAAAUGAACUUUUUGGAUAGGAUUUUUAGACAGUGGUUUUUCAAUCCGUUCAUAGACGAAGUUGGCGUAAAUAACGAAUCUAGGAACGAUUACGAUUUAUCAGGAGCACCUCCAGAUCGCACCAUGAAACAUUUGAAAAAGAACCUCCAAUCCGAAAUAAUCGACGACGACGUCUUAGAGGAGUUAGAGGCUCAAAGGCGGCUGCUGAAGGACGUGAUGGCCAAACUUGACUCUCAACAGUAUCUCCUGCGGUUGGUUCUCCAGAAAAUGGAAAUCAAAACUGAAGCUGAUGAUAUUGACGAGGGAGUUUCCCCAAGAGUAUUUAAAAAUGACGGCACUUUGGCCCGCUGGACGUCUCCUCGCUUCAACAAAAAAUACAGGAUGUUUAGCCAAGGUCGUUCUUAUGAUUAGAAACUUUCACUGUUUAAAUUAUAGAUGUUGGCCGAUCUCAUGUAUGAAAAUUUGCGCACAAAAGUUGGAUAAGGAUUAAAAAAUUUAAUAUAUGCCGUUAAAAGUAGAGUGGUGUUAAACGAAAAAUAAAUUUAAAAAAAUCAUAUUUUAAGUUAAGAAGUAGUUUUAGUUGCGAUAUUGGAAUGUAAUACGACGCUAUUCGUGUUUCUAUACGAUUCUCACGCAGAUAAUAUAUUAUGCUGUUGCUUUUUUUAAAAUCCGAAAAUAAAGGUGUUUUAAAAUUCA